AUGGAAAGCCGCUUGCUUGACCUUGCAAAGAAUGAAGUCCAAAGUUUGGUGAAUCUUGUAAAAAAUGAAGCUCAAUAUUUAUGUUGUUUCAAUAGUCAUGUUGAAAAUUUUGAUCGAAGAAAGGAAAUACUAGUUGCAAAGCACCAGGAUGUGAAGAGAAAGUUUCAAAAAGGGAAAGGUGUUUUUAGUUUUAAGUAUGAAGCACGGCAAUGGGAACAUGAAGCAGAUGGCAUCAUCAAUAUAGACACUAAAAUAAAGAAGAAAUUCUUUUUUGGUUGGUGUCCUAAUUGCUGGUGGCAAUAUCAAAGAGGUAAGGAGUUAGCAGAGGAGACUCAACAUAUUGAAGAAUUAUUGGGAAGAUGUAAUUUUGAUAUAGUUGCUGGUCGAGCAAAUGUAUCAAACAUAAAACACCUUUCUUCACAAGAUUUCAUUCAUUUCAAGAGUAGAGAGUCAGAUUUCCAAGAUCUAAUAGAGGCAUUACAUGAUGAGAAUUGUACUAUGGUUGGAUUGCAAGGGAUGGGGGGAGUAGGCAAAACUUCAAUGGCAAAAGAAGCGGGUCAUAAACUAGAAGAAUUUAAAUUGAUUGACAAAAUCAUCUUUCUCGUUAUCUCCAAGCCUCCUGAUUUCAAAAAGAUUCGUGUUGAACUUGCAAAAAGUUUGGAUUUAAAUUUGGAGGAAGUGAAGGAAGAAGAACUCUCAAGUGCAAUAUGGCCCAGAAUCACUAGUAUGAACAAAAAGUUGCUUAUAAUACUAGAUGAUGUAUGGGAAAAAUUUGAUUUGUUAGAAAACUUGGGGAUUCCACCAGGCCACCAACACGAGGAUUGCAAUUUAUUAAUAACCACACGUAAUUCACAUGUUUGCAGAGAAAUGGGAUGCCAAAGGAUUAUUAAACUACAUACGUUAUCUGAGAAAGAGGCAAUGCAUCUUUUCCAAGCACAUGCUAGUUUAAAUAAUUCCUCUCGUGGUUUGAAGGGUAUGCCCCAAAAAAUUGUGAAGCAUUAUGGAGGAGUACCGAUUGCAAUUGUAGCAAUAGCAAGAGCAUUAAAAAAUCAGCCUUUAUCAAUUUGGAAAGAUGCCUUGAAAACCUUGGAAGAUCGCCAUGCUGAUCAAAGUUUGGAAGAGGCUUAUAAAUGCUUGAAGCUAAGCUAUGAUAACUUGAGAAAUCAAAACGCCAAAGAGCUCCUUUUGAUAUCUUCUUUGUUCCCAGAAGAUUUUGAAAUUCCAAUACAUCUUUUAACCAAAAUUGGUAUAGGAUUGAGCUCUUUUAAUGAACAUGGCAAAUACCACUUAACAAGAAGUGAUGUGGAUGCAGCUAUAAUUGAACUCAUAGAUUCUUCUUUGUUGUUGGAUGGUAGGAAAGAAUGUGUAAAGAUGCACGAUUUAGUUCGUGAAGUGUCCUUGAGGACAGGAGACAAAUAUAUUCAAUCUCUUAUAUAUUUGAAAAUGCCUAUAAAAGAGAAUUUGAGAUAUUUAUUUUGGAAGAAUGAUGAUUUUCUUGAUGAAUUUGAUGGACAUAAAUUGGAGGUUCUAUUAAUAUAUCUAGAUGGUUCAAAAGAGUUGAAUGUCUCUAAUAUAUUCUUUAAAGAGGUGAUGAGUCUCAAAGUUUUGGUUUUAGUUAGUAAUUAUUAUCGCAAAAGAGUCCCAACUCUAUCAUUGAUGAAUUCACUUCAGCCAUUGAAGGAUAUUCGUACACUCAUUCUUGUAAAGUUGGAUUUAGGUGACAUCUCUAUUGUAGGAAACUUGUUGAGUCUUGAGACUCUUCAUUUUUCUUAUUGUUCAAUCAUUGAAUUACCAAGAGGAUAUUUGAAACUAAAGAAUUUGAGAUCAUUAGAAGUUGAAGAAUGUGAAAUUGAGAAGAAUAAUCCUUUUGAAGUGAUUGAAAGAUGUUCACAACUAGAAGAGUUAACUUUUGUUGGUAAUGAAUGUGAUGAUAAAGAAAAAUAUGCAAUUUCUCAGAAUGGAUCUCCUCUUACAUUACACAGAUAUUGUAUAUCUUCUAAUAAAUUUUCAUAUUAUUUUGAAAAGCAUCAUUCCAUGUCAAGAUGUUUUCAAAUAGAUGAAUUAAAUCAUUUACUCUCAGAGGCAACAUUUAAGCAACUUGUCAGAAGAGCUGAACUUCUUAUCUUGGAAAGAGAGGAUGACGAAAGAAUAAGGAAGAGUCUUAUCCCUGAUAUUAUUGCAGUAGAUGAGGGAGAAAUAUUGAAUGAUUUGAUUGUUCUUCAUUUAAGCUCAUGUCCUCACAUGGAGUGCCUCAUAGAUACUAAAGAUAAUCAUUCUGGGGUGACUGCUUUCUGUAACUUGGCUGAACUACAUCUCUCUAAAAUGGGUGUUGAAGAUUUAUGUCGGGGUUUUACACCCUCUAGCUUUUUGGAGCAAUUGGAGAUUAUGAAGUUGAAGAAGUGUCAUAGACUGAAGAGGAUAUUAUCUGAUAGCAACUACAACUUAUGUCAUCUUAAGUCCAUGGAAUUGGAAGAUUGUCCAAUGUUGACAUCAAUUUUUCAACUAUCCACUGCUCGAAGUCUGAUACAAUUAGAAGAAUUAACAAUUAGAAGAUGUAGUGCACUGGAAUACAUCAUAGUAGGAGAAGAUAGUGGCUGUAAUCAAAGGAGUUAUCAUGACUCAUUUUUCCCAAAAUUGAAAAUAAUUCAAAUUGCAGGGUGCAACGAAUUAAGAAUAAUAUUGCCAAUCCUUCCCGGUGGAUGGCCUCUGGAAAGAAUAAACAUACGAUGGUGCAGGAAGUUGAAAUAUUUAUUUGAUGAGUUCCAAGAGGUCGAUGUUAUGCUCCCCUUUCUGGAAAAAAUGGAACUUUUUAGACUACCAAGUCUGGUUGGUGUUUUUAGGGAGUAUGACAAAUCCAUCUCUUCAUCAAUGCAAGAGCCAACAUCCAUACCUCUAAGCACCAAGGCAUGUUCUUUUUCUUGGGUUCAAGUAUGUUGUUUUAAAUCGAAGGCCGCAAGUGAAGAGGCUGAUGGUUCUGUUUCUACAGGGCAAUUGCUUGACAAACGAAUCCCACAGGGAUUAUUUGCAUCAGAGAAAUGGAUUGAUACUCCUCCUACCCUUGGGAGACAAUUAGCACUCCAUUUUCAUCAUAUAAGGAAAAUGGAACUUGCAUAUCUCUCUUCAAAUUCAGUGUCAACAUUGUUCACUUUAUCCACAGCAUCAAAGAUAUCAUGGGAAGAAUUGACAAUCACGGGUUAUGAUGGAUUGAAGCUCUUGGAAUUACAUGCAUUUGUAAGCAUUGAUCCCCAGAACUACUCUUUGAGAGGGUUAUCUCCAAGGUCCAUCGUCUUGAAAAGUUUUUUAGAGUUUACAAGACCUUUUAAAGAAUUUCUGCUUUGUUGGCACAUGAAACAGCAACAGGAUAAAAAGGCAAUUGAGAUGUCCGAUUCAAAAACUCUUUUAAUUGCGGACUCCAAAAUAACAGAGAUUGUUGAUUUGACCCAUGUUGGAGUUGGAUCAUUGACAUCUAGCUUACAAAAGUUGAAGUUGGAAUAUCUAAGGGAGAUGGUGAAUAUAUGUGUGGGGCCUAAACAUGUCAUGUGCUUCUAUAGUCUCCAGAAGCUAUUCAUUGAACGUUGCUUUAAGCUCAAAUUUAUCUUCUCCGCAUCUAUAGUGCGAAGCCUACCAAUGUUGACAGAGCUAAAAAUCUCACGGUGUGAAGAAUUAGUUAACAUUGUUGAAGAAGAUUAUGAAACAAACAAUGAUGAUCAUUUUUACCAUGAACCAUGCUUUCCCAACUUAGAACAAGUCUCUGCCACUGAUUGUGACAAAUUGCAGUACCUGUUAUCUAUCACUGUUUCUGGUAUCCUUCCAAAACUAAGAUCUUUGGAGAUAAGUAGAGCCAAUGCACUUGAGCAUGUGCUAGUAAGACAAGGUGAGAUGAAAGAGAUGGUCAUGAAGGAUGUGCUUCCGCUAUUAAGUCAAUUGGAGCUCAUAGAUCUUCCCAACCUUGUUGGUCUCUGCCAUGGGAUCGAUUUUCAAAUUUUGAAAAGAGAUGAUAACAUAAAAGUGGAUGGUUGUUCCAAGUUUUCUUUUUAUGGUAUGCAUUAA